AAACCUGUCGUUGACCGUGGCCUAGUCACUAUGCUAAAACUGGUUUGAAACGUGCACCGUCCACAAACCAUGUAAUAUCGACGUAAAUUCAUUCAUUACAGAUUUCGUGGGUGAAUGCGACAAUGUUAUCAGCAAUUGGAAUACCUACCACUCAUUAACCCUUUCUUUUUGUAGUGUGUUGCCGGUUGAAGAACAAUUAAUCCAUAGGGCGCCGUACGUGCGAAUACUCUCAUUGCGAUCAUUUCGCGAUUUUUUAAUACUUUUCAAUUCAUUUUUUUUGCUAAAGCAUCAAAUGCAAUUUUUUUCCUUUAUUUCUUUGCGUACUUGCGGGGUUAUUUUUUAGUGGCAUCUGAAAUGUUAAAAUUACGACCGUCUCGCGUUAAUUUAAUCGAUGUUAUUAUAACGCGUCCUGUGAAUUUUAAUCAGAAAUGUGCUUUGAAAACGUGAUAAGAGUGAUAAAGUGAUACAAUUGUUAAUUAAAUUAUCAAAUCGGAAAUAUGUUUUGCCAUUAUUUUUUCCACGUUACCGUAUUCUACUGGUUGGCAUUUUAUUCAACGGCCGGUGCAAAUUCCGGAAUCAACAUCACCAUCCCGACUCCGUUAUAUUAUGAAGCUCUCAGAGCCAAAGACAUACAUUUUGAAGAUCGGCCGAAUCUCACACGAUACAACGAAUCAAAGGCUGGAAAACAAUUGUAUUGGAGAGAACACAUCUUUACUCCGAAGCUGCACCUAAAUCAAUUUUUAGCUGCGAUUCCAUCUUUUGAAGAAUCACUUCCAGUGAACAGUUCAAAUCAAUUAUGCGCAAAACAUAGCCGAUUUGUUUUGAAGAAUGCUGAAAAUAUGGAAAUAUGGGCUUUGAAAAUGCUGGACUCCAGUGGAAAACUAUCACCGAGUUUAUUACAAGGAAAUGUAAACCAGCUAGGUGAUUUCGAUCAGUGCCUAAGUGUGCAAGAAUAUUUUGAAAAUGAGAGAAACGUUGCCGAAGAAAUAAAUGGAAAAUAUUGCCUAGUUUCCAUCGAUCUCCAGUUACCACACUCAAUGCAAAGUAUCGAUAGGCUAAUACAUUCUCAUUACGUCAUCAAAAGCAAACUCAGCGACCCAGGUCAUAGGAUUCCGAAAUUUGCCAGCAUGUAUUGGGCCUUAUGUGUGCCUCACACGUGUUCCCACCAAGAUGUCAAAGAAGCAGUCAUUUCUCAACUUAAAAAGUUACAAAUAUCCGGAUUGAAGAAAGACGUAUCUUUGGAAGAUUUCAUGUGUCAAACCAAAAAUGAAAAGAAAAUAUUCACUUUUGGAACUGUGAUUAGUGGUUUAGCAUUUGGAGCAAUCAUCGGUGUAGUUAUUUUUUCUACUUUUCAAGAAUUUAAUCAAUGUGCAAAAGUUGCCCAAUGUGAUCAAACUACAGGUUCCAAUAAAAAUAAUUGGUGGACCAUAAUUUUAGAGUCAUUUUCAUUGAAAAAAAAUGUCAAGUCAUUAUUUAAUUUGAAUGCUUCUGCUGAUGAAGUUACUUGUCUUCAUGGAAUAAGAACCUUGAAUGCAUUAGCAUUACUUCUUUCUCAUAAAUGUAUGCAACUUUUAUUCUACCCUUAUGUUAAUAGAACGCAAAUGACAGAAGUAAUUAGUUAUCCGUAUUCAAUGUUGGCUCGAUCAGCUAUCGUUUAUACAGAUUCAUUUAUACUGAUAAGUGGCUGCUUGGCUGCUCAAUGUUUCCUAAAAAAUUUUGACCGGAAGGAUGGACGCAUACUUCGUCACUAUUUUAAUCGUUUUUUAAGGUUGACGCCCAAUCUGAUGGCUAUAAUUUUAUUUUGUACUUUUAUAUUACCAAUCACAAAUUCCGGUCCUUUUUGGAACGUAGUUAUAUCACGACACGCUGACCUUUGCAAAAAAUAUUGGUGGCGAAAUUUCCUCUACGUUCAUAAUUAUUACGGAUUCGAAGAAAUGUGUCUCACGCAUACACAUCAGCUCGGAAUUGAUAUGCAACUGUAUUUAUUCUCUCCAGUUCUUAUAUAUUUAUUAUGGCGUUUGCCAAUGAUAGGAAUGAUUGUUUCCACAAUUCUGGCAAUUGUUUCAACUUACUUACGUUAUUACGUCACAUUUCAAAACAAUCUAAGUCCAAUUAUUUAUUACGGAGUUUCAGUGUCACAAUUAUUCAGCACUGCGAGUUUAUCUUAUAUAUUACCAACUCACAGAGCAACUUCUUACAUUAUGGGGAUAUUCCUCGGUUACUACCUUCAUUAUCGUUCAUCAAUUCCUGUGAAGUUCAGUAAAGCUCAAAUUCGAAUAGGAAAUUUCUUUUUUUCAACAUGCGGCUUUUUAGCUAUGUUUGGAACAUAUUGGAUGUCCAAUAGAAAUUACAAAUAUAGUGCUACAGAAGCUGCUAUGUACAUGGCAUUUUCUCCUAUUGUUUGGUGUUCGGCGCUUAUAUGGGGAAUCAUCAUCAAUGUACACGGAUACACAAGUUUCAUUGGAGAAUUUUUCAAUUGGUCCGGUUUUAGAAUAUUCACAAGAAUAGCAUAUGCCAUAUAUCUUAUUCAAUUCCCCGUAUACUUUUACAACGUUGGAACUACAAAAUCAGCAACGUAUUUCACUACUCAAAUAUUGUUCAACAUUGAAGAAUAUACCAUCAUAUUUCUACUAUCCAUCAUUUUAACAUUGUUAUUCGAUCUACCAUUUCAAAACAUAAGUCAAGUAUUAAAACGUGAUACUAAUAAACAUUCGGUAGAACAGAAGAAAACAAAAUUACUAGGAAAAAUCGAAUAAACAACUCCGAAUAGGGAAUAGGAUUAUACCCUGAAACUGAGAAACCACCGAAACAAAUGAAGAGACACAUCAACUAAUUUUCCAGUUAUAUUUACGAAGAGUUUUCAAGAAUUGGUAUCAGUUUUUUAUUUUUUUUAUUCCAACAUGUUUUGUAUUUUAAAGUUAUAGGUGAGAUCUCGCUUAGUUCAAAAGAUGAGAAAAAUACAAUUUUUUUAUAUGAAAAAUCAGAGUUUUUUAAGGGACGGGAAAUUAUUUUAAAGCGGUUAUGAUUAAACUAGUUCGAUGUACAAUUGAAAAUGGGCCUGAAAUUGUUUUCAGGUCGCGAGAUCUCAUCUUGGUUGAGUGAAUUAAAAAUGAAUUAUUUUUGCAAUUAAAUUUGUUUGUUUGUUA